AAUUGCCGCGUAGAAGGUUGUGCGCAAUAGCGGAAGACGAAAGACGAGAUUAGGGUCCAGUUGGACUCCCUUGUACAAACAUCAAAAAAAAAUGUUUAAGAUUGAAGGACUGGGUCCAAAAAUGGAUCCUGUAGAAAUGAAGAAGAAAAUGAGAGAAGACGUAAUCUGUUCGUUUCGGAAUUUUCUGAUUUACGUGGCAUUGCUGAGAGUCACACCAUAUAUCCUGAGGAAGCUGGACAGUAUAUGAAGAAUGUGCCUUUUCUGCCUCCAUUCUUUCCACACCCUGAGGUGGGACUGAGAAUUCUGCAGAGUGUGUGCCAUCCUGAAAUGCAAUCAUGACAUGAAAAUAAAGGAUUCCUCAAUCCAGAUAAAUACUUGAACUUUCAUCAGUGAUCCUGAAAACUGUGAAAUUGGUCACAUCCAAAAUUGCAUGAAUUCUAACUGUGUAAAGGCCUUUGUACUUGCUUUCUUUCCUUGCAAUAUUUCUCAGUUUUCAGAUAAAACUGGAUUUUGUUUUUAAUGUCAUGUGUUGUCACCAUCGAAGUUCACAAGAGCAAUGCCAAUGUGUAAUUUAAACUCUCCACAAACAUUUAUAGUAAUUAUUGUACAAGUGCUGAGCAACCUAUUAUUGAUUGUAAGUAACUCCUUUUUUUUAUUUCAUUGUACCUCUUCUGUUAAUUAAAGCGAAUAUCAUUGACUGUA